GAAGCAGGACCAUCAGCGGCCAUGAAGAGACGACAGAGAACCCCUCAGGAUGAAGACAACCUACAGCUCGACUCCAACCAGCCUACGUCCUCACCGCCUCCUCCCGACUCGGUCAUGUCACCCUCCACAUCCGCGUCCGCUCUCCUGGCGCUGGCCUCCCCGGCAACCCGUCGCUCCAUCUCCAUGGGCGACUUCCGGAGGGUGACGGGAGCGCUGCUCGCCGCCUCCGAGCCGGGGUCCGCCUCGGCCACAGCCCCUUCCUCCAGGAUGGUCACGCCGAGCUCCAGCAUGGAGUUCGAGGCCGCUCGCCGCCGCCUACUAGAGGUGGAGGAGCGCCAGCGUGUCAUCAGGGAGAUGGAGCGACGCCUGGAGGAGCUCCGCGAGGUGUUUGUGCACUCCGAGCAGGAGGUGGUGCUGCACGGGGAGCUGCUCGCCAGGAUGUCCGGCGCCUCGCAGCAGGGGGAGAUCUACGUGGCUGAGGGGAGCCAGCGCUUAAAGAAGGGCCUCAAGUUCAAGAAGCACAGGCCCACCAUCAUCUUCUCCUCCAUGCUUGGACUGCGAACAUGCCUGCCUUGGCCUGUGAAGCUCAAGUAGACCUCUUUUCUGUUGUCUUUUUUGUUUACUACCGAAACGCUUCCACCGUCUUUUAUCUCGCUCUCAUCACUUCAUUUUUGUUUGCACUCCUACCCUGAGGCUGGUCCUUUCAGGUCUUAAUAUUCAGGAGCUGGCAAGAAGAUGCUAUUGCCGGUUGUCAUGGAAACCGUGCUGCUUUUCAAGUUUGGACCUUGGCAGAGAAUUGGUAAUGGCUGCCUGAACGUUGCUGCAUGGAUGAGUCACGUAUGAAAAUGUUUGGAGAACAUCCAUCCAUCCAUCCAUUUCCUACCGCUUAUGCCCUUCGGGGUUGCGGGGGGCGCUGGAGCCUAUCUCAGCUGCAUUCGGGCGGAAGGCGGGUACACCCUGGACAAGUCGCCACCUCAUCACAGGGCCAACACGGAUAGAACAUUUGGUGAAUAAUACCAUGCAAACAGUCUUCCUCUUUACCAGUGAAAAAGUCCCACACAAUCGACGCCAUGUUUGUUUACACUGAGCAACGGGGAUGUUUACAAUAAAUCAAGUAAAGGAGCGCUUGAUUUGCUCAUCUUCACCUACCUACAGCACAGUAUGUAUAAUCUCGCCUCGUUGGGGGAUUUUACAUUUUAU